UUGUGUCCAGACCAAAAAUGUCGAUCCAUUCAAAUUCUGUUGAUGAUAUAUCUUUCAGAAAGAUUCGUUAAUCAUACAGUUAUGCUCCGGGUGAUAUGUGAGAAUUUAUAUGAAAUCACAAAAAAUGCCAAAUGAUAUACAAAUUUUCUUUGUUUUUGUUUGAAAAUGUAAUUCAGACCAAUUGGUUAUACUGAAAUCUUACUUAGGUACAAUUUUGCCAUAAUUUAGGGACUAACUGUAACUAGAAAUCAUUGCUGUAGAACUUUCGCUAUUAACCUACUUGGAGAAAUUAAGCGUACUUUAGUACAAAGAAGAGGAAAUUAUCUGUAGAUAAGACAGACAGUAGAUAAAAUCAUUACUGUCACAGUGUUAAUAGUACCAGCAUGUUUGCUUCUUCUUUGCAGAAAAAUGUUAAAUGCUCAAAUGAAGGCUUGGUAUCGUUGGUACGAAAUGAAAUAGUAGAAAAUUAGAAUGAAAGCAGUUUUGUGUAUCAAAGUGCAAAUAUGUACAGUUAUAAGAUCGUUCUGUAAUAGAAUUGUGCAGGGCAUAAUUCGCAUUAAUGAAACCACCGGCUAAUUCUUUAAGGAUUACUAUAAAAAUUAGCAAUACGUUUUUAGUUAUUUGUGUGCUCCAAUCUAAUCACCGGUAUUUCUCAAGUGAAUGCAUCACAGCCCAAAUAGAGUCGUGUAUUGUUGCCUUACCUAUUGGUUAAAGUUGCUGAACAUCAAGACUAAUUGUCUGAAGACAGAUCAUUUUCGUAUAUCAAUUCUCUAAAUCCCAUGAAUAUUGAUAUUAAUGUAUAUCGACGUAUAAUAAGCACUCUUACGACUGAAGUUCCCUAUAUUUUCACCUACUCAGAUACUCUUCGUCGUUUAUUCUCUAACUAGGUUACAUCAUCUAAAAAUGCGUCACACAGAACGAGCUUUUUUCGUUUUUAUUUUCGAACUCCAAUUUAACCAGCGAUUCUAGUAAGUUUAAAAUUUUCCUCAAAUUUUAUCUCGAAUUUACCCGUGUCACCACCGAUCUUGUGCAGCCCAGUAUUGUCUCCCUGUUGACGCAGACAAGAUCAGCCCUCGUCGCAUAGCAUCAUCAUUCGUUUAUCCGUCUGCAGUGUCGCUGCUGGUGAUUCGGUGCUGUUGUUGUUGAUGUCGAUAGAUAGUGGUGGCAGCAGACGAAGUGGCCGAGGUCUAGGAGUGUUAAGACGAUCAGCCUCCCCAGCAGUAGCUACAGCUGCACCCCGUAGCCAUUCAUCAGCCGGUGGUGGUUUUAUCUGAUAUGCACGCUGGCCAGCCCAGCGUGACUAUCCAAGUGAGUGAGUGUGUUAGUAGGUGAUCGCUCAGCCGGCGCCUGUUUCCCCCUACGCGUCUCCGCUCCCCGGGGAUCGUUCCACUUUGUUCGCUCAUACGUUCGCUGGCAAACGGCACAAUCCAACAAAGAGUCCGGUUUGUCAAAACAGCCAAAACCAUCGCUCCCGACACCGCGCUCACUGUAAACUUGCUCAUUCGCACGACGUCAUACGGCGAAUAAAUGAACGAACCAGGUGCCCGUCCAUCGGCUUCCACUCGGAUAGACAAGAUCAACUGGUCUGUUGCCUGAAAUAGUCAGCGUAGCUAAAACAGCAGAAACACCCCGCAGCUGCCCCAGCCCGAGGUAGAUAGAGUCAACGGGUAGUUCCUACUGCAAUUGCUACAACUGAUGCUCCUAUUAUUGCUCGGACGGAGCACUAUCUCUGCUGCAGUAGCUUUUCUCCGUUGACGCUCUUAGGUGGUUUAUUGUUUGUAUCCAGCUGCGACUGCUCUGCUUCGAGCCAAACUCGCUCGCCGUCCACGCGUCUGUCUAUUUUCCAUUUUCCGGUAUCUGUAUGUGCUGUUAGCCUAUUCACUCAGUAAGCCGCUUGCCCUCGUUGAAGCACUACACCGCUCCUCAAGUAGAGUCAAAUGGCGAGAGUGGUGGAACUACAGCAGUAGGCACAACGUGAAUGCUAUUUACCAGUAGCAGUCUGGCUUGAUAGCUGCUCGUAAAGUUGCGGCAGCAGUACACGCAGACAGACAUGCAACGAUAGAGCUGUGCCUGUCGUUCAGUUCACUGCUGAUUCUGCCGCUGAUGGUGGCGCUGGCGCUAGUCGCGGUAGUCAGUACGGACGACAGCGCUGAGUAGUGAGCCGACUAUUAAGAGAAACGGAACAAAAACGAAAAAAGAACGCGGUUGCUUGUGAGAGAGAAGCACGGCGACGAACUGCAGGAAAGUUUACGGCAGCGGGACCACAGCCACUUAGACGUCGACAAGCAACGCGACUUCGCCGUAGAAGUAGUGAACUGGACACGAUUGCCACUUCUCGAUACCAGUCGACUGCUGGAUUUAUUAUACGCUAUAGGAGAUCGUCGUCGACUAACUCCUUCGUUGCGCGUCGCGUCGAGUCGAGCCUGCCAUCAUUGAUGGCAGAGUGGCGGUGAUACAUCGAGCGUACUGCUGUGAUUUCUAUUUAGUUAUAUCCGUCGCGUUGUGGCAAAUUAACGAAAUCUGUGUGCUCCACAGUGGACGUCGGUGCACGUGCCUUCAGAGGAUAAUGUGUGUUUGAGUCUGUUGUUAUUAUUGUUGAUGUUGUGAGUUUUUACUUGAUAUCGUUUCUGUUGCUGCUGCCGCUGGCAUUGAAAACUGUAGAACUGUCGAGAAUUAGGUGCGAUAACGUUGUUAAACGAAACAGCGGGCCGCUGGGGUCACGCAGCCUACUGGAGAGUGUCUUCUAUCUAGACUCUUCUACACUCGGUCGAUCUGUCUGAUUGGUCGGUCGGGCUCAUUCGCACGCACCUGUUUUACGAUAAACGGGUCGCAAGUAAGCGUCCGGAUGAGCGACUGGGCAGAGAACAGUUGCUGCUAUUGCUGCUGAUACUAAUAACAGCCAAAAGCAGUGGCAGAUUAGCAGAGAGGUCAGCGUCUGCUUGAACAGCAAAAUACUACCAUCAAUAACCGAAACAACAGGUUAUUAGCUGGAGUUGUUGUAUACGAACAUAAAAAGCAAUUAGCAUAAAAACUCGGAUUUGUACUUGCACCCCGCCAAUGUGGACACUGUGAAUGAGAUUGGCCGCUUCAUGAAUUAAAUAUCCGGCGCAGGGUGUCUAUUUACCGCAUAGUACGACGGUGCCAGUGGUAUGUAUAUGUGAGUAGGAAAAGACGAUAUUUAAAGUCGCCAGCGGCCGCAAAUGCAACGGGUUUUUGGCCACUCUGUCAACGGACGAUACACGAGCGGAGCAUUCUGUUGUUUGGCUUGUUAACGAGAUAUGUACCCAGGAAACAGACUGCUGAUCUAAAUGGACGCUGUAUGGGAUCAUCGUUAGUGUUGUUGUUGUUACCGUCAUUGUUGUUGUUGUUGCCAUCUUCCUCGUCGUCGUUAUUGUUGUUGUUGUUGUUGUUGGUGUUGCUGCUGCUGCUGGGAGUGGUGUUAGGUGAAACUGUGAAAAGCCUGGAAGCGUAGAACAGUUAGUUAUAGCUCGUAAGCAAAACACUAGCGGGGAGCCGCAACAGCGGCGGUAAAACGACGCCCAAGAACCGUACACCGCCCCACACGGCAGCAGGAGAGCCCAACAUAGGAUAGACGUCAGGCGCAGAAGCAGGCCUGCUGCUGUCGCUGCCAGCGGGCGCGUGAGUGACGGGCAAAGUUCCCAGUCGCUUUUCAAGCAAACAACCAUCGAAUCGGAGUGCAUAUCACCAGUCUCACGAGUGAUCCUGUAAUACUAGAGCGGCAAGCCAUCUUCCCCUCGUGAUCGCACAUGGUAACAAAUAUAUGGGCGAUAACUCAGGUUGUAAGAGUUUUGCAAUGUAUGUAAAGAUUUGUUCACAAAAUUAGAACUAUUUUACCUAUGUGAUACUGUAUGUUUAUCACAUAAUUAGAGCUACGCACAUAGUUUGGGAGGGAAUUUCCAUAGGAUCUGUCAUGAUAUAUUAAGAUGUAUGUUAACUGUUGGCGGGGCAUUCUUAUUCUCUGAAAAUAAGGGGUGUCUUUUUUUUUUUUUCGUUGUAACUUAACGAAAAUAACUACGCUAUGUUGGCAUUGGUUACUAACUCCGUCUCCUCUUAAGGAUUCUGUAAACUUCCCCAUAUUUUAAUAUUUAUUACAUGUUUUAUGUAUUUCUUAGGUUAAAGCAGUCGCUGCGUCGUUUCGUCGCUGUAUCCUCUUACUGACUCUGAAUCCUCUCAGAAUAGGGAGUUUGGAUUUAUAUAGAGCUAUUUGUGUGCCUCAUUAAUGUGCAUAUCGUAGUAAAAGGAUAUUAACAUAUAGACUACGCGAAAAAUGUUUUCUUAUAAUGCGUUUUUACAAAUACAAGCAGCCUUCAAACAUAUCUAAUAAACUACUGCUUUAAGUAUGUCAUAAAAGAAUUUCCUUUUGAUUAACAGAUGAUAGUCCAAGGGUUAUUUAGUCUAAUGAGCACGCAGCGGCCAUGAAGUCGUUUACGUUUUUAAAGGAGAAGUUCUCCUUGUUGUAAAAAUGUACGUUUGCUUUGGCAUAGCCUUUUUAUUUUGCUGUGCAUAGAUUCAACUGUUUGUAGAAAUGAGGUUUACUCCAACUAGGUAUCGUUCACGUAAUGCUAGUUACUGUAAAACGAGUCGUGACUAAUCAGGCAUGCUGUGGUGAAACUCCGUGUACUUUCGCCUAUCUAUUGAAUGGUGCUGUGUUUUUAUAGUUACAAGUAUGUGUCCUAUUUGUAAUUAUCUUGUUGUUUAAAAUUACCAUUCCGGUAUAUGGAAAAUACGGCUUUUACAGGCAUUCAAGCAACGAUAAUCUGACAUUUGAGCUGUAAGGAGCGCUAACCAUGAAUUCUAAGCCUGGGCACAUCUCUCUUAAUGUGUAACAGAAAUGUUUGUUCCUAAAUUGAAUAUUCCUUUUGUAAACGCUUCUUAAAACGGGUGCCAUGUGCUAGAUUUAAUCCAGUUUCAUUUAUUUGAGCAAAAUGAAGCAAUGAUGAGCAACACCAAGGCGGCAACGGGAUAACUAUUGCUGGUUAAAAAAAAGACCACGACUUCCCUUUGUAAUUGACGGAUUUUUUUGACAUGGAUCUGCAUUACGGUUGGUUCCAGCCAGAACAGCAGGGACCAGCAUUACAGCUCUGGAAAAGGAUCAUGGACGGUCUACCAGAGAACCACGAUUAUAUAGCACUUACAACAGGCUCAGCAGCAUCGACACUUGAGAACAAGUACCCAGCAUCGUACCCCGGCACUUCAAAACAGCCACCACAGCCCGGAACCGGAGCUGGAACGAGUACAGGUGCUGGAACACCUGGUGGCGCCCCUGGCGGUGGGGUACCAUGCUUUGUACCACCAUGUAGUAUCAUAGGGGCAAAAGGCGGCACGCCAUGGAUGAAAGCCAAUAAAAAGUACAGUAUAGGCAUUGUUGGGCUACACGAGGAAAUCGAAGACUUUUUCGAGUAUAUCAAACCAACUGAAGUAGAAGAGGGGGUUCGUUGGCAUGUGGUGAAACGCAUUGAAAAGGUUGUACGCCAGAUGUGGCCUCAAGCAGAAUGCGCGGUUUUCGGAAGUUUUUACACCGGAAUCUACAUGCCUACGAGUGAUGUGGACUUAGUGAUUUCUGGUGAAUGGGAAACAAGCCCACUGUAUACAAUGCAGAACGCACUCCUUGAGGCAGGCAUAGCUGACGCGGGAGGUGUUAAGGUACUAUCAAGUGCCACUGUACCCUUAGUCAAGCUAACCGAUAAAAGUACAGAUAUCAAGGUGGAUAUCUCGUUUAAUCAAAAGAACAGUGUAAAAACUGGAGAAUUAAUAAAAAGUUUUUGCCAAGAGUUCCCACAUCUUCCAAAGCUCGUGUUUGUUCUUAAACAGUACCUUCAAAUGAGGGGCCUGAACGAAGUAUUCACCGGAGGACUCUCAUCUUAUAGCGUUAUCCUUCUCGUAGUGUCAUUUUUUCAACUGCAUGUACGUCCAAAUGAGGUUCGAUCCAAUGAUGGUUCUGUAAACUUAGGCGUCUUAUUACUUGAGUUCCUUGAAAUGUACGGGCGAUUCUUCAACUUCGAAAAGGUGGGUAUCCGGAUCAAGGAUAAAGGAUGCCUGUUACCUAGGCAGGUAUUAACGGAUCAGUUGGUACGUGAUGGUGGCAAAGGCAUCACAAAUGAGGGCCUCUGCAUCGAAGACCCUCUUACUCCGGGCAACAACAUUGGCCGGAGAUCAUUUGGAACAAGCAAUGUACAGAAAUCCUUUGACUUCGCCUUUAUGACCCUCGAACAGGCCGUCCAUCCCAGUUUUCUAGGCAUUAUCGAGCCUAACCAUAGCAUACUAGGUCGAAUUAUUCGCAUAUCGGACGAGGUGAUGGAGUACCGCACUUGGCUUCGGGAAAAUUUCUCACAUCUUGUACAGGGCGCACCGUUGCGGGGAAACAACGCACUUGGACAUCAUCACAGCAGACAUCAUUACCACGGCAAUAAUAUUAACAAUAACAAUAAUAACCACAGGUACUUGGGUGGACGAAUGCUCAGUGCCAACAACAGUGAGACCAGAAAUAAGAGGUCGCUGUCAGUGUACCCGUCCUCUGGAAAUGGCGAGUCGUGCAGUAGUUCAUUAAGUUCAGUUGGGUCGGACAAGGGCAGUUGGCAGGACGAAGAAGAUCCGCGCGACCGUGACAGCGAGGAGCGUGACGACGAACAGGAGGAAGAUUGUUGUGAUUCUCGAAGCGAUCUUGACAGCAGUUCGGAUUUCGAUGAAGGAGGCCACCCAGUCAACGGUGCUGUUCAGCACAAUCACGCGCACCCGAAUUCACACCAUCGUCGACAUCAACAUCACCAUCACAGUCAACAGCAGCCCAAUGUCCAUCCAAAGAUAAAUAACGUCAGCAAUGGCGUGCUGCCGCUACACCAGCAGCAGCAACAAUCACAUCAACAUAACCAGCAGCAUCCGAGCCAUCACGGUCUACAUGGUCAUAACCCGCACCAUAACAAUGGUGGCAACAAUCGCGAUCAACAGCAAGGGGUCGCCCAGCAACAGGUGGUUAUACCCCCACCUAUGCUACCUCAUUCUGCCCUGAAUGGGCCAGCCGGUGGAUUGGUUGUUGUAAUGGGUGUCGGAGCACCGCCCCUUCCCCCUCCCCAGAAUCAUAUCCAGGGCGGUCAAGGCAGCCAAGGCAGUGGGCGACGGAAACGGCCUACAGGGACAUCGUCUGGUGGACGGCUUCGGAGAUGAACGUACAUCAAUUAUAACGACGACGAUUCUUAUUUAAUUAUUACUACUCUUAUUAUCAUUAGUAGUAAAGUAUCACCAUCUUGAUGGACGUGAAUAAUAUGUGUCGCAGUAAUGACAUCUUUAUCGUACAUUUCACUUGCAGCACACGCGUGACACCUUACGUAGAAUUAUAAACCAUCAAUAUUAAACAAGAUGAUAAUAUUAUGAUCACCAAAGUCUCAAAAAACUAUAUAUAUAUAUAUAUAUAUAUAUAUAUAUAUAUGAGCGAGAAAGAGAGGAAAUAUUGAGAACACUGAGAAUCUAAAAUACGUAAAAUUUGUUUGUGCUUAAUUUGUGUUAUAUGCUUGCCUCCUUACAUUGUAAUCUUUUGUUUACUUUCUCUUUUGCCAGUUAAGUAUUGUAUCUUUUUAUACUAUUAGUUAUAUUGUUCGCUCACAUUUAACCGCUUACGAUUCAUUUGUUUGUGGUCAAAGACAAUAAGCCCUCCAAUAGUUGGCUGUAGGUUAAAAGAAGUACACAAUUUGCCAACAAGCCGGUCAAGUUAACCAACACGCCUAUUCAAGGUAAAUAUAUGUAUGUAAACUAAUACAAGGUAAUCAAAAAGCAAUCCAACAAAGUGUGUUUUGUUAAACGUAUCUUAUUUAUUUCUACGAUAUGGCUAGUAGAAGGCAAUCCGUUGAGAAGCAAGGUUUACCUGUCGUUUUUCGGCUUUUUAUUUUUUCUGACAUCUACCCUGGGUUGUUCCUGACUUCUUUUAAAUAUCCUCCUCCCCUUCCCCCCACCUUUUCCAGGCCUUCCAAUUUGCGUAGACGUUAACGCACAAGAUUUCCAGUUAUAACGUUUAUCGCGUUAAGCCCAGUUCCUUGUACGCCUACUGUGCGUUGUCUAACUUCGAAACGAUAGUUGAUUCAGUUUGUUUUAACAACAUCUAUUUGCUAUUUCUUUGGCACGAAUCGAUGAUUUACACAAAAUAGAGGUACCAAAAGAGAUAGUAAAUUAAAAAUAUUCAGGCUCAAUUGCACCAGAUAAGCUUGGAGAGGAUGGGGGUGAUAAGCCCAGAGGUAAAUCACCCAACCAUAAAGUAAUUUCAGAAAAUAGUCAUAUUACACUAGUGUAAUAGACGUGAUCUCAUUACGAAAACCAUUUACUCACUUACUUAACGUGAGAGGGUUGCGUGUUUAUCAACUUACAGACACAUAUUGCAAUGCACGGGUGGAACCUGUCUUAGUAGUUCGCACAUGCUUGACUGCCUAGAGAAACUAUAGAAUAGAACGUGGCAAAAGAUGGAGCUAUACUGUGUUUAAUAUUUUAGGUAGACAUAUUUUCUGGUCAUAUGUACAAAAAUAAUAAUCCGUGGAAGUCACAGAACUGAUUAAUAUUGCCAUUAUGCUAGCGUGAGACAAUGUUAGUAUGGGCUCUUUGUUACUUUUAUCAAAUUGCUUUUUUUGUUCUACUAUAUAUCCUAUGAUAUAGCCUCAACAGGCUAGGUAGUGGUUAAAUUUUGAUAAUGACCAACAAUUUAUCGAUCAGGCGGAUUGAUUCAAACUCAUAGGCGUUGGCUUUUCAACACUCUUGCUAACAAUAUUAUAUGUAGUGUGUAUAGGUCGGUCUAUGUAAGAGAUGUAAAAAGAAGUGAACUCAUUUUUUAGUAAGAGCGAGUAAUUGAUGAACGAUAUUGAUGCGUGACAGGUAUGAUGUGGAGUUCGAAUCACAAAUACUACAUUAAACUAUACGUUUGAAGAUUUAACGAUUGUUUUACUUUUAAUAUGACGAAAUUGCAAAAAAACUGGAGAACAAAGUAGAAAAGGAUUAUCAAAAGAUUAAAAAGCAUUACCUGCAAAAAGAAGUUUGCGAAAGGGCUGAUACCUGAUGAAAACAGUACGGUUAUGCAGCAAAAAGAAACAUUAUUUUUACUGCAGCGAAGAACAAGAGGAAUAAAGAAACUGGUAAUACACAAAGCCUUGAAUAAAGGAACAUAUAGAAAGCACGUAUAAAAAGAUGCUUUAUGAUGACGAAAUAAAAAAAAAAAUGCAAAGCCAUCAAAAUUUAAACCUUAUGAAUUUACGCACUGUGCCAUGAACGUUGAAAACAGAACAAACAAACAAAAACAAAUAAAAAGAUGCGAUGUCAGAUGGAUUCCUGUGUGCGUACAAAUUAUCAAAACGUCAGAUUAUGUAUAAUGACGAUGCAAUCAUGAGCACAAUAACAUAACCAUGAGAGAAAUAAUAACAGAGGAAUUCUGUCACCCGAACGUACAAGACACAAACAGGCGUUUUUUAAAUGCGCGUUCACCAAAUCCCGGUCGACAUAUUUGUAGGCCGGCUUCACUUUCAUAGCAGAAGAGUCAGACUCGUAUUGAGUACGUAUAAUGUGGGACAAAGUGUUCAAAAAGCUAUACUGCCUUAGUAAACGUAGCACAGAAGCUAAUGCCUCUUCUUUCAAGCCAUUUCCAAUAUCGUUAUUAGUUAUUAUUAAAUCAGUAUCACGAUAGUUUUUACAAAAUGUACUUUAGAGAUGGUACAUAUUGUUGUGCCAAGGUGAGGAAGAAUAAUGAUCUGGUAUUAAAAUAGAUUUAUAUAGACAAAACGUUUAUAUAUAUAUAUAUGCGGAAAAAAGGCUCACUCACUCCUUGAUUGCGUGAUUCAUCUAAUUGAAAGCUAAGUUAUAUGACAGAAGGUGGUUGCUUGUGUACGAUCAUUAUGUGAACAGUGAAUAAUAUCCAACUAUUGCAUUAUUACAAGGGGGGGGGGGUACUAACGAACAAUACAAUGACUGAGAAUGAGAUAUGUAGUAGGAAGUCUGAGAAAUGAAAAAAAACAUUAAACUAUUUAAUCGUAUAAUCACUUGAUUACUGUUACUGAUAAAAUAAUCGAAUACUGUGCAGAAUUCUACUCUAAUAUUUAUGCUUUUACAUGUAUGUGAGAUGUAAUGAUAAUGAUGACAAAGAAUCGGAUGACUACCAUGUUUAUUACCACAACUAUUACUAAUUAUAACGAUAACUGUUACAAGUGUGUGCUGUAACUAUUUAUAGAUACAGAAUCCGUUAGUAAGUAUUGCUCUUCGUCCAAUGGCCCAUAUACAAAAAAAAAUACACGUAGAUAUAAAACCGAAUUGCCAGAUGGGUCAAAUCAGCAGUUGUUUCUUAUAUAGAUGCAUAAGCAAAGACCGAGUUCAUAAACAUCGCAAUUUUACGUUGAUAAUAUAUUAUUAGUAAUAAUAAUAAUAAUCAUAAUACUUUGAGAAAAAAGGCAAGGCGAAAUCCUUGUUCCAAAAUAAACAAGUUUUGUCGUGUGCAACAGGAUAUGAAUGCUUUCCGUCAGGAAGUCAUAUUACGUACUGUGUAGAGUAAAAUCCUAUAGAUGAAUAGACUGUGGUGGUGACUUCAUAUGAUGAUGGACGGUAAUAAUAACAACAAUAUUAAUAAUGUUCGAAACAAUGGGAAAGGAAGACGAAAAACGGAAGUUGAGCACAGUGGGGGAUAAGCUACUCAUCAGCGAAAUUCACAUUAAAUUGUUCAACACAUCAUCAAAAUUUGUUGGAUCAAAAAUCAUAAAUUGUUCGCAAUUUAUGUGGGUCUGUUUGAGAACAAUGUAUCUCGCAAAGGGGUAGAAAAAGUCACACGAAGAUUAUAGCGGUAUAUUAAUAACUUGGCGGGUAAGCGUGAGAGAAAAGAAAUAUAACAGGCUACAGAAUUGGUGGGCGCUCUAGAUUCAGAACUUGAUGUCUAGAAAUACCGACUCUAAAAAAAAACUUACAGGGCAGUAUGUAUGAAAAUAAAAUUAAGGUGGGUGGAAAUAUCAACAUCUAACGAUUACACACCGUCGAACAUACUGUAAAUAAAAAAAAAUACCGUAGUUGAAUUAACAUACA